CACCUCCAACACCACCGCAAGUCAUGCCUUGAUCAAACACUUUAACUCAAAACACUAAGCGAUUCCAAUCUACAUAAACCCUCUUCCAUUUAGGACCCUUCACACUCUUUCUUUUCCAUGGCAACACCAAAGAUUCACUUGCUUGUUUCGUCUUUCUUGUUGUGUGGUACCUUCCUGAGCUUGUUCCACUGCACAUUGUCCCUUCUGAACCCUGAGGAUGGGGUUGGCAUUCUGGUGCAAGCUGAUGAUGAUGUUAGCAUGGCCCAAAGCAACAGAGAUUCUAGGAAGAGAUGUGACAUUUCUGUUGGAAAAUGGGUUUAUGAUGACUCUUACCCUCUCUAUGACUCUAGUUGUCCAUAUCUCAGCUCUGCAGUUACUUGUCAAAGGAAUGGGAGACCUGAUUCUGACUAUGAGAAGUGGAAGUGGAAGCCAAGUGGUUGUACCAUGCCAAGAUUUGAUGCACUAAGGUUUCUAGGAAGAAUGAGAAGAAAGAGAAUAAUGCUGGUGGGCGAUUCAAUAAUGAGAAAUCAGUGGGAAUCUCUUGUUUGCUUAGUGCAAGGAGUUAUUCCAACUGGUCGAAAAAGGGUGACUUAUAACGGACCUGGAAUGGCCUUCCAUGCCAUGGAUUUUGAGACCUCAAUUGAGUUUUUCUGGGCACCCCUGUUGGUAGAACUGAAGAAAGGUUCAGAAAAUAAGAGAAUUUUACAUCUUGAUUUGAUUGAAGAAAAUGCAAGGUAUUGGAGAGGAGUUGAUAUCCUUGUAUUUGAUUCAGCCCAUUGGUGGACUCACCCAGAUCAAACCAGCUCGUGGGAUUACUACAUGGAGGGAAACAAUCUCACCAGGAAUAUGAAUCCUAUGGUUGCUUACCAGAAAGGACUCAGUACAUGGGCAAGGUGGGUGGAUCAAAAUCUAAACCCUAGGAGAACUGAAGUCAUUUUUAGAAGCAUGUCUCCUAGGCAUAACAGGGAAAAUGGUUGGAAAUGCUACAAUCAGAAGCAGCCUCUACCAUUUUCCAGCCACCUACAUGUUCCUGAACCUUUGGCAGUGCUACAAGGAGUGUUGAAGAGAAUGAGAUUUCCAGUAUAUCUGCAAGACAUCACAACAAUGACCGCGUUGCGCAGAGACGGGCAUCCCUCGGUAUAUAGGAGGGUAAUAAGCCAAGAUGAGAAGCAGAAACCAGGAAAAGGCCAUUCCUCUGAUUGCAGCCAUUGGUGCCUCCCUGGGGUGCCUGAUAUUUGGAAUGAGAUGCUGAGUGCACUGCUGUGACUAUAAUGGAAUGUGUUAUGUGAAAUGUAUACAGUGUACAACAAUUGCUUGAUCUAUAUCAGCAUUUACUUACAAUGAUCUAGACUCUACAGCCUUUCAUGGUUACUCUUGCAAAUUACCUGCUUGUUUGGUGUUAUUUAUUAGCAAGGCUUAAA